AUGGCAGAAUCAGAAGAAAUUCAGCGUCAUUUGAGAGAAAAAACAGGGAGGUUUAUAUUAAAAGCACCCACAAAUUUAAAAUCAGAAAUCUGGCAGAAAUUUCACAUGGUUUUUCAAAAAAAGGAAAAUGAUGAUAGCGAAAUUCCUGUGAAUUACUAUUGUGCUUGUAUUAAGUGCAAUAAGAUUUCAGCCGAAGAGAAAAAAUUUAAACGCAACUUGAUGGCUGAUCUGGAUGUUUGGAUGAUGACAGAGUUGGAUCUUGUUGCUAACAAGAUGCGUCAGCGCAGACAUGCUGCUGGAACGGAGUCGAGAGUUGCUGGUACAUCAGCACAGCAGGAUGUUGAAGAUGAUUACACUCAGCCAACCAAGAAAGCACGCUUUGAUCCUUUUGCUGACAUUCAGAGCUUUCUUACUGGCAAGACAAUAGCAAAGACUUUAUACUUCUUUCAAAUGUUGCCAGACGAGUGUUAUGCAUCUCUGCCAGUUCAGCACAAUCUGAAAGAGAUUUCAGUUCAGUUGGUCGCACAGUCACAGAUGCUCGAUCCAGUCUGUCGGCACGAAAAGUUGAAGAACUGGAAUUAA